AUGGUCCAAGAGGACAGUGAAAGCAAAGAUGCACAUCCCGCAGACGUGGGAUGCCUGUCGGCAGCAGAAUCAACGAGUGAAGGCACCAAGCCCGAUGUACUACCCAACAAGGAGGCCAAAGGUGCCAGUGAUACGGAGAUGCAGGUCAACAUCGUCGACCAACACAAGGGCGUCCUAGCAGAAGAGGACUACUCAGUGUUCACGACCAACCAGAAGCGGGCGAUCAUGGUGAUUGGUUCCCUCACAGCCUGGCUAAGUCCUAUGACUGGAUCCAUCUAUUAUCCUGCUCUGAAUUCCAUCGCCGCGAGCUUGCACGUUACGAGCUCGAAGGUCAACCUGACCGUGACAACAUACCUCAUCGUCCAAGGCCUGGCACCAAUGAGUAAGUCGGAUCUCGGCUUCCCCUCAAUCCUGUCAGAGACUCGUGGCACGACUCAUCUGAUUGGGAUCGAAUCGCUCCUGAUUGCUGGAUUCUCCGACAAAGCCGGUCGUCGACCAGCCUACUUCAUCUGCUUUGUAAUCUACAUCAUAGCCAACCUGGCAUUGGCCUUACAGAAUAGCUAUGUGGCACUACUGGUCCUACGUAUGCUGCAAUCUGCCGGCAGUAGCGGUACAGUGGCCUUGGCCCAAGGGCUUGUUGGUGACCUAGCUACAUCAUCCGAACGUGGCAAAUACGUCGCCUACGCUUCCGUCGGAACCUUGUUGGGCCCGACUGUGUCACCCAUCAUCGGUGGCGUGAUCAGUCAGUACUGCGGGUGGCACUGGAUCUUCUGGUUCCUUCUGAUACUCUCGUGCGCCUUCUUCGUGGUGUUAGCUCUCUUCCUACCAGAGACGUGCCGGAAGCUCGUUGGUGACGGCUCUGUGCCUCCUCCGUGGACUUGCGUGAACAUCACAGACACACUUCGGCACAAGGAACGAGCCCAAGACGGUCAUGUCGUGGACGAAGAGAAAAAGGCAGAGCUUCGCAAGAACUUCAAGCUCAUCUUUCCAAAUCCUCUUGGCACACUCCUGGUUCUUGCGGAUCUGGAGAGUGCGCUCAUUCUGAUCGCCACAGGAUUAGCCGUGUCAUGCUUUUACGCCAUCUCUACAGGUGCCUCUGUAGCGUUUAGGGAUCUAUACGGUUUCGAUGACUUAUACGUCUCGUUGAUGUUCCUACCGAUAGGCGUUGGGGGUGUGGUAUCCGUCUUUACAACUGGGAAGCUGAUCGAUUGGAACUGUGAGCAUCGUCGGCACGCAAAACGUCUGAACUUCCCUGUUGUGAAGAAUCGACAAACGGACCUCUCGACAUUCCCGAUCGAGGCUGCUAGGUUGCAGAUCGCACUUCCGAUGUUUCUACUGGGCGUCGGCUCGAUCAUAGGUUAUGGCUGGAUGAUGGACCACAAGGUAUCCCUGGCUGGCCCGAUAGUUAUGCUCUUCAUCCUUGGCUACAGCCUCAUCGCUGCAUCUCAAACACUCAACGUUCUAAUCAUCGACAUCUACCCUGGACAACCGGCCACAGCUACAGCCGCGAACAACGUCACCAGGUGCUUGCUUGGGGCAGUUGCGACCGCGGCUAUAGGACCGAUGAGCAAAGCAAUGGGAAAUGGCUGGGCUUACACUACACUUGCGCUGAUCUUCCUCGCUACUUGUGCGGGUCCGCUGGCGACAAUGAAAUAUGGUAUGGCUUGGAGGCAAGCAAGGAAGCAGAAAGAAGACAUGGCGAGGAAGCAGAAGGAAGAUAAGAAGGCAGACAAAGCUGCGAUUACGAAAGGUUGA